AUGGCCUCUUUGCCUCCUUCAGAGCAGAAUUCCGGCCGGCGUGGCGAUGGGAGGCAGGCAAAUCCCCAACCGUCCACACCAACCACUAUCCCUGGUUCUUCGCGGCCAGAUCAAUCAUUAGGCACAGAAACCGUCCUCUUGAAUGAUCCCCGCGCGGGCGUAUCGUCCCUCGACAAUCCACCGCCCGGUGCACAACUAGAUAUCCGAAGAUGCUGGAUAUGCCAGGGGGAUGAGACAGAGGAGGCUCCCGGAACGUCUAUAUGGAGGAAGCCGUGUCCUUGCUCGCUUGUGGCUCAUGAUGAAUGUCUCCUCGAGUGGAUUGCCGAUGCAGAGGCUCCCAAACCGGGCGAGCUCGCAUCUCCACAUCAAAUAGUAUGUCCGCAGUGUAAAGCGGAGAUCAAGAUCGAGCGCCCUCAAGACCUGGUUGUCACCAUGUUCGAUCGGGCCCAGACCCUUGCUACGGCUUGUAUACUCCCCACUGCUCUUAGCGGCAUAGUAGGCUGUUGUUAUUCGGGGUUGGUUGUCUAUGGCUUCAAUAUAAUACACAUUGUCUUCGGGCCAGAGGAUGCGUCGAGGCUCCUAGCAUCUAUGCGGGGAACUCAGUAUACCCACCGCACCUCACUUAUGCAGUGGUUGGACACCUUGAUCUCAAAUACGGAUCCUUUCUUGCCUGGAUUGGGUGCCAUUUCGAAUUGGAAGGCAUGGCUCACUUUACCACUAAUUGGGCCUGGUCUCGUGCUUCUACGGACAAAGAUGGCCGAUUAUACGUUUCCUCUACUUAUGCCUCUGUACUUCCUAAAUCACUCGCAUCAAAACAUAUACGAUUGGCCUCCAUCCCCAGGUCUCACAUUUGCAACGAUCCCCUACCUCCGAACUGCAUAUAGUGAACUCUACCGUUACGCCUUCGCUGAUCUAGAAAAGAAGUGGGAUAUGGCUGUACAGCGCAAACCACGAGAAGGGGAAACUGCCGAGCAAAUCGCUCGAAACGCAGACAAUGAAGAGGGUCGUGCCAUUUUUGAGCUAGAAAUUGUGCAAGAAAUUGAGGAGGAGCGCUUUCCACCAGCAAGAGUGGCCGGUAAUGAUGCCAGGAAUGAGGGCCAAGCUGCAGGUAUUGAACAAGGACAAGCGGGGAAUGCACAUGAAGAUGUGGCUGCUGAGGGGCCACAAGGCGGACAAGCUCGUAACAACGAAGGUUGGGAGUUCCGCCAGGACAUAUCGACAGCUCACAUAGCAACUACAGUUAUGGGCGCGUUGUUCUUCCCCGCUAUUUCUUCACUAAUGGGCGAUUUGUUAUAUCGCUUAUUACCUGCCAAAUCAGUUGGUCGAGGGAUUGGAGUACGACUUGCUGGGAGAGGGUUGUUAAAAGAGAAGUGGGGAAGAACUGUGAUUGGCGGGUGCCUGUUCGUGGUGUUGAAGGAUGUCGUCACGCUCUACUGCAAAUGGAAGAAGGCGAGAGAUUUUGGUAAGAGGAGAGUACUGGAUUAUGUGGGACCGCCGAGAAUAAGAUGA